GUGCUGUAUAGAACUCCAUUUGAGCUAGCCUCCUUUUCCUGAAGGAUGGCGCUGUCGAAGAGGGAGCUGGAUGAGCUAAAACCAUGGGUAGAGAAGACAGUGAAGAGGGUACUGGGCUUCUCAGAGCCCACAGUCGUCACAGCAGCACUGAACUGUGUGGGGAAGGGCAUGGACAAGAAGAAGGCAGCUGACCAUCUGAAACCUUUUCUUGAUGAUUCUACUCUCCGAUUUGUGGACAAACUGUUUGAGGCUGUAGAGGAAGGCCGAAGCUCUAGACAUUCCAAGUCUAGCAGUGACAGGAGCAGAAAACGAGAGCUAAAGGUAGGUUACAGUUAACUAUCUGAUGAACUCGGGAGUGUUUUGAAUGGUAACAAAGUUGCUGAGCUUACCUGGCUCACACUUUGAUAUCCACUAUUAGAAUACCUAAUAUUCAAGAGAGGUACUUAGAGCUGAAAGCAGAGGGGGUUAACUUGUAUUAUCACCAUCUUAUGGUAAUGAACUACCUAAGUUCAUGGGUUGAAAUAUUCCAAGGAAACAAUUGAUAAAUUUGUCCUAUUUUCAUAUACAGUCAGGGGUUUUGGUUCUCAUGUUUCCCUAUGUUUCUUUCUCCCCCUCCCCCCACCUUUACUACUACCUAAAAAUUGAUUGAUCUAAGAUUUUAUGCUUCGAUUCGCUUGAUGCCUAAUAGAUUGCUUCAGAAUGUGAUUCCACUGCUACCUGAGUGUAGACCUUAUUGUUGCUCCUUUUUAGAGGUUUCUCUGCAAUGGACUUACAGAUGGAAUACCUAACAACAGUUACUAUUUAUUAUUUGUCUGGAGAGCCUGCCAUUUUUCUAUAUAGCAUCUUACUAGCCAUCUGGCCCCAUGAGUAGAGUACUUAAUGGGACCAUCAUUACUCCCUUACCUCCUUCACUUUUUAUUCUAUGGUUGCUGAUUGGUCAUGGCCUCUUUGAAUAUUUGCAGUAUCAAGUAGCUGAUCUCUAUAUAUCUUUGCUCUCUGUCUCUAUCUUUAAAAAAAAUCUUUCUGUGACUUCUGUCAAACCUUCCAAAGUGCUUUUGAUACUUUGGCUAUCCUAUUGCUUUUCCUGAGGCACUGAAGGUGAAUAAGCAAUGUCUGCUUGGUCCCUGGCCAGGCUAUGGAACUAAGAGAAACAAACAUUCAUGCACUCUUUGUGUUUAGGGCA